AUGGAUCUUGUUGUACCCGAUUCGAAAUGUAGAAAAACACGAACAUUUCCAGUCAUUGCCCAUUGGACGAGUGAUGAUGUGAAUAAAAGGGCAGAACACGAGAGAAAAGGAAAUUGGUUCCGGAGUGGUAUUAUUCACGAACAGCCUAUAGCUCCAACACCAAUCCCUAAACCAAUUCCUGAACAACAACAGACUGUCAAGGAACUGGAUUUGGCCGAAAGAUUUCAGGACAUAAUGAUCAAUGAAAUGGGGCCAGUGAUAUUAAAACUUGGAACACUUUUUGAAGAAGCAAAAUCUGCAGGAAUUAGCAGCCAAUCUGAGCUGGCGAGGUUAUUCUUCAACAACACAAAAAGGAUCAAUAACAUGGUUGUUGAUACUGCCAAAGAACCUGAAAAUGUUGAUGGCAAACAAAGAAAUGAAGGACAACAGCAGCCUGCAGAACAUGACAAAGAUGCAUCAAAAUCGUCAAAACCUGUCAAUAAGCAACAGGAGAAGGGUGACGAUGAUGUAAUUUCAUCACAACCAAACUGGAGUCUUGGGCUUACCCAGAUGAAGAUUGAAGGAUUGACUGCCGUUGAGAAGGAAAACCUUGAUAGCGUUCUACAAGGUGCAACAUCUAUUUUCUCUACACCAAAAAAGGUAAUUGACAGUAUAGGUGAUAACCCAAAUCAGCAAAGUGUCAGGGAAGAAAAAAUAAAAGAGUAUAUUGAUAGUCAAACUCUGUUUGAGAUGCCAGGAGAAGAUAAAGAACCCAGGAUUGAAUACAUUUUCGUCCCACGACAUAACAUCAAAUCAAUGAUCCCUAGAGUGCAAAUAAGUAAUGAAGUAGUUGAUGCUUGGGCAGACCACAUGAACCAUUUAGCAGCCAGAGCAAGGACCAAAUAUCCCAACAUCUACUUUUCAUCCAUGAUAUUGCAACAAAUGCCUACUGAUAUCAAUAAAAUGCCAUUGGAGACAUGCUAUGUAAAUGCAAUUUACAGAAUUGGUUAUGAGCUGCGAUGCCAAAAAAUCAACAAUAAAAAGUUUGAUAAUGCAAACCAAAGACAAAAGGAUACACAUAAAAAUAAACUUGAUCAGCUUAGAAUAAAGUACCUUGCAGAGUUGCUGACCUCGGGCGUCAACACCAAAUCAAUGACCAUCACAGAGGGGAUCAAAGAAUUGCACGCUGCAAGAAACACAUAG